UCGAUCAUAAGGCGUUGUGAUUGGCGGAUGGUGGUCCGCCACUCUGUUUUAGCGUUUUGCUGUGUCCAACCGAUGUCAAGGUUAAGUUGUCUAUUUUGUGGGGGUGUGGAAAUGGGGCAGCGGGGCAUGGAGGAUCCACUUCUGGGCUAUGGUGACCACUCCAAGAAGAGGAGUUUUGGCAGAGCUCUGUGCUUCUUCCUUGCUUUGAUAGCCACCAUCACAUGCCUUGUACUUGGGUUUGUGGGCAAUUCAACUAGCUUGUCACUCACAGCUGAGAGCAAGUAUAAUGAGAAGACAGAAAUUGAAGAUGCUGGCAUCGUUGAAUCAAAGCAGGGUGUGGUUGCUGCUGAUGAUGGCCGUUGUUCUAAAAUCGGUGCAUUUAUGCUUAGAAAGGGAGGGCAUGCUGUUGAUGCUGCAGUUGCAACUGCAUUGUGUGUGGGGAUAGUUAAUCCGAUGGCAAGUGGAAUAGGAGGUGGAGCUUUCAUGAUUGUUCGAUCUUCAUCAACCUCAAAAUCCGAGGCUUUUGACAUGAGGGAAACUGCUCCCUUAGCUGCUUCACAGAACAUGUAUGAGAACAAUCCCAGUGCCAAGUAUCUAGGUGCACUGGCUAUGGGUGUUCCUGGGGAGAUAGCUGGCCUUCAUGAAGCUUGGUUGAAACAUGGGCGACUGGCUUGGAGGAGUUUAUUCCAACCAGCCAUACGACUAGCUAAAUAUGGGUUUGUGGUUGCUCCUUAUCUCGCAAAGGCCAUAGCUAAUGGUGCCCAGUUGAUCCUGAAUGAUCCUGGAUUACGACAAGUAUUUGCUCCAAAUGGGAAGCUGUUACAAGCGGGGGAUAUAUGCUAUAAUCUGGAACUUGGCAACAGCUUAGAGGCAGUAGCAGAACAAGGGCCACAAGCCUUCUACAAUGGAGUUGUAGGGGAGAAGCUAAUCAAGGAUGUGAGAAAGGCAGGUGGGAUUCUCACUAUGGAAGAUUUAAGGAAUUACAGAGUGGAUGUAACUGAUGCAAUGGCUGUGAAUACCAUGGGGUACACUAUAUUUGGAAUGCCACCUCCUUCAAGUGGAACGCUCGGGCUUUCCUUGGUUCUAAACAUCUUCAAUAGCUAUGGGAGUUCAGAUGCUGCAAGAGGAUCUCUGGGUCUUCAUCGCAUGGUUGAAGCACUGAAACAUAUGUUUGCCAUCCGAAUGAACUUGGGCGAUCCUCAUUUUGUAAAUAUUAAUAACUAUACAUCUGAUAUGCUUUCUCCAUCUUUCGCUGACAAAAUUCGGCAAAAGAUACUUGACAAUACAACUUUCUCUCCAGAUUACUAUUUGAACAGGUAUAGUCAGCUUAGGGAUCAUGGAACCAGCCAUUUCUGCAUUGUAGAUGCAGAUCGAAAUGCUGUGUCUAUGACAACAACUGUAAAUUAUGGUUUUGGAGCAGGGGUUCUAUCUCCAUCUACUGGCAUUGUGCUUAACAAUGAGAUGGACGACUUCUCAACCCCAACAGAAUUAUCUCCUGACAGACUCCCUCCUGCUCCUGCAAAUUUUAUCAAACCAAACAAGAGACCUCUAUCUUCCAUGACCCCGAUCAUUGUUGUGAAGGACAACCAGCUAGCCGGGGUCAUCGGCGGGAGCGGUGGUAUAUACAUAAUUCCGGCAGUGCUUCAGGUUUUCCUCAACCAUUUUAUCUUUGGAAUGGAACCUCUAGCUGCCGUUCAGAGUCCAAGGGUCUACCACAGGCUAAUACCCAAUGUGGUUUUCUAUGAAAACUGGACGGUGAUUGAUGGUGACCACAUAGAACUUUCAGAGGAAAGGAAGCUUUUCUUGGCGGAAAGGGGGCAUCGACUGGAGGCUAAGGCAGGGGGUGCUAUCAGCCAGCUUGUUGUUCAAACCCUUGAAAAGCCCAUUGACAUGGGCAGAAAAAAUGGCAAAGAUUUUAAUGCAGAAACAUUCCAUGGAACCCUUACUGCUGUAAGUGACCCUAGAAAAGAUGGGAGGCCAGCUGCUGUGUGAUCCUUAGUUCUUGCUUAAUUGAAAUAUCCUGUGUAAAGGUUAAGGGGUCCACCAGCAUGCUGUAUUAGAAGAUCUUUUUUGAUGAGUUUAAUAAAAAACAACAAUGUAAACGAUCCCUAGCUACUUAGAAUGAUUCUUUUUCUUUGAACCACAACUGAAAGCCAUGAACAUAUUUUAUUCUUCAACCACUUCAGAGAGUAGUGUCCAUGUUUUUAAUGCUAGAAAAAUGGAGUUGAUGUUAUGAGGGUGAUUCCUUGCUCUCAAAUGAAUUUAAUGUUUCUUUGGUGCAA